AUGUCGCUACCACAUGAGCUGCAUAUUUCAUCUGCCCUUGCUUUGGUCAAAUCAAAGCCGAAACACCUAACCGUACAAGAAUAUAUUCGAAAUCUCCGCGACUGUACUGAAACCAGUCAUCCCGAUGGCCAGACUUUCCGACAACUGAACCCUUCUUCGUUUUGGCAAAAGCAAUACGACGACCUGUAUUGUAUGCUCGAGAAGGAGCAAGAUGCCAGAUUCAUUCUUCAAAAAGAGAACGAAGCCCUGCAAGCUCAGAUCGCUCAACUUCAAGCCCGAUCCAAACCUGGUCGAAAACGCAAAUCCGCCGAACAAGAAGAGCCUGAGACAGUCAAGAGAAUGAAAGCAGGCACUAUCGCAAUAGCAGAGUUCGGUCCUGCUGCCGAUGUUGAUCCAGUUAUCAAAGCGAUGCGUCAUAUCCACCGUGUGCAGAUACUUUGCAAAGGUCGCAUGUGGAACACUGAUUCCAACGAGCUGGCUUAUAAUCUCGUUCAAGCCACAGAAGCACUGGGUCUCGUCAUCGAAUCUCUACCAUACAAGGUUCAUGUCGCAGACACAGCCAGCAAAUCUGUCGUUGCCGUUGCCAGGAGUUGUGUCAGUGUUUUCAACGGACUCAAGCGCAUGGACGCUUUGGAGAACAACGGUACUUAUGCCAGCCAUGUUGUACAUGCGUGUGUCUGCUUCUUCGAUACACUCAUGACCAGUAUCGAGGAGAGUGCUGCUUUACAAGUCAAGUCUAAACGACCCGAUCAGGAGACAGCAGCUCUGCAAGCUUUAUCGCAACUCGCCAAGAGCUUGAUUGACAAUCUGCAAGACUCGGCUCGGACAUGUACCUCACACGCGCAAAUACUCGAUGGUGCGGUAUAUCAUCUGCUUCACAGGCUAGGAGAAGCAGCACAUGAGCUUUUGCUGGAUGGACCGCAGAGUGACAACAUCGAGCAUGAGAUACAAAAUCUGCCACUUCCAGACGACAAAUUGCUGGACCCUGUCAGGCAGACAGACAUAAGAGCCAUACUCACGUCAGCACCUCUAUUGCUUGGCAGUCUGCGCAAAGCUGUGACUGGCCUUCACAGCCUGCCUCUGGCUGGUGCAGCACGACUACGGCUUCAACGUACACUGGUUGAUCACAUCUUUGGUCCAGGGACUCGAGGCCCAGACGCAAGUCAAGAUGUGCUCCGAUUGCCAAGAGCAUUUGGAGAAGCACCCCGAGCGGUGGAAAUCGUGCAGAUGAAUGAUCUGGACAAGCGAACAGAUUCUUUUGAAGCUGAAUUAUGGAUCCUUGUGGGAUGGGAUAUCUUGGGAAGCGAAGCGGAGCUGUGA